AUGGAGAAGGCCAACACAUUGGUUCUCUUCCCGCUCGGUCAAAUGGGUCAUUUAGUUCCAAUGAUUGAGCUUGCAAAGCGCCUCCAUCACCACGGCCUCACGGUCCAUGUCCUCCUCCUAGAACUACCCUUCAUCAAUAAUGAUCCCAUCAACUCCUACAUCUCCAAUGUCAAAGCCUCCCACCCCACCAUCUCCUUCCAUCAACUCCCCACCAUAACCCUACCCUUCCAUUCCCCCAACCCAUUCGCCAACCUCAUAGAAACUCUCAACCUUUCCAAGCCCUACCUUUUUCGAUAUCUCCACCUCUCCUCCUCAUUCAUUCGCGCCCUCAUCCUAGACGUCUUUAGCGGACCAAUCACGUGUAAUAUCGUAGAAGAGCUCCGAUUCCCCAUAUACAUUUUUUGUCCAAUCAGUGCCUCCACGCUCUCAGCUUUGCUCUACAUCCCCACCCUCCUCUCCCAAACUAACACCAACUUCAACGAAUGUGUUGAUGCCCCACUCCACUUCCCGGGCCUCUCAUAUCCCAUCUCGGCUUCUUACAUUCCAAGUUUCUUACUUGACCGGCCCAUAACAGGAAGCGGGUUAAACGGUGAGCCACGUCACGAGAGCUUGGUUUGGCUAGAUGAGCAACCAAGUGAACCAAGAGGGAGUGUGGUGCUUCUUAGCUUUGGAAGCUUGGGGACCUUUUCGAAGUCCCAACUUAAGGAGAUUGCAAUUGGGCUUGAGUGCAGCAGGCAAAGAUUUUUGUGGAUUGUGAGGGGCCCACCCCAGAUCUUAAGAAAGACAUUGAUGCCUGAUAGGUGUGAGGAGAGAACAAGGGAGAGGGGAAUUUUGGUGAGGUCAUGGGCUCCGCAGGUUGAACUGUUAGAGCAUGAAGCAGUUGGUGGGUUCGUGACUCACUGUGGGUGGAACUCUGUGUUGGAGGCCUUGGUGGCUGGGGUGGCGAUGAUUGCCUGGCCGCUUUAUGCGGAGCAAAAGAUGAAUAAAUUAUUUAUUGUCGAAGAAGGAGAGCUCGCGAUUAAUAUGCAAGGAGAUGAAAAUGGGUUCGUGGUGGCCAAGGAGGUGGAGAAGAGGGUAAGGUGGCUGAUGGAUACACAAGGUGGAGAGAGCUGA